GGCCCGGAGCCUCGUGCUGCUCCAAAGCGACAGCUUCUGGCAGCGCAAGGGGCAGACCAUCCUGCUGAAGCGGCCAGGCAGCACCUUGGAAGCCAAAGAGUUCCAGCUCCAUGCCGUGCUGGAGAUGAAAUCGGGAGCUCAGCUCGUGCGAGAAUUCAGUGAGCAUCUGUGGCCCACGGUGCAGAGCGCAGUGCUCAAGGCGGAGAGCUUGUGCCUGUGGCUACAUGGGCCGCGGGGUUGCGGCAAGAGCCGACUCGCCUGGGACAGGGGCCUUGGGCAGCUCCUGGCGCACCACGUCUUCCGCGCCCUGGAGGAGCUAGCUCUAUUGCCCAUCGACGAGGAGGAUGGCCGGAUCUUGGUGACUCUUCAGUUUCUGAAGUUUGGGGUGCAGUUUGGGCUUUGCGGGGACUGCCUCGCUGGCCCGGACUUUGAUGCGCGGCUCAAGCCGCGAGAGGCCAUGGAGACCUUCUUCCUGGAGGGCGCUGUUGAGCGAGAAGCCAGGACCCUUCCGGAGCUGCUCGCCCUGCUGGCGCGCGGCGCCGCCAGCGCCGGACCUGGACGCUUCAAGAGCGGGCGCCAGUGGCGCUGUGAGGAACGAGCCCAUGGUCUCUGCACGUUCCGAGUGCGGCGCUGCAAGGGCACGGCUGUGCACACUACCACUAUCCACCUGCUGGACCUGGUGGGUGCUGCGAUGUCAGAUCCAAAAGCUAAGAGGGGUGUGCAGCAGGAGGACAAGACGUUGAAGGCGGUUCUGCGAGUGGUCGACGCUCUGGCUGAGGGCCCUGAAUAUCAAUUCAGGGACGGCAAGCGCGCUGCGCGGCACAUCCCCUAUCGGGACGCAGUGGCGACGAAGCUGCUGCGCGAGUGCUUUGGGCACGGGCGCUCUAUGCUGGUGGCCUUUGGAGCCGAAGGCUUCGAUGCCUCGCUGGCCGCGCUGGAGCUGGCGCGUAGGCACGAGAAGUGCCGCGGAGAAGCUCGGAGCUGCGUGUUCGACCGCGCGGCCCAGCUCAGAGAGAUCGACGAGGAGGCCUCGCAGCUCUGCUCGCGCCUGGGCCUUGCCUGGGAUCCGGAUCGACGGCUGCAGCUGUCGAUGGACGCGUCGGAGGCGGAGGUGCGGCUGGCGGAGCUGCGGCUGCGGCGGGGGGUUGUGGCGGCCUGGCAGGACUGGGCCCUCCUCCGCCAGGCGCCCGGGGCGGCGGCGGCGGCGGCUUCGGCCGGUUCGGUCAAGGUUGCGUGGACGGAUUGUGGAAGCCGGCUCAAAACUUGGCACGGACCAGGUUGCGCCCUGGGCAUCACACGCGGGAAAGUUGAGGGCCUCCGGAUCGGCUUCGGCUGUGUAGGGGCGCGCGUUGCAGCCGGGGCACCGGUUCUCCAAAACGGCGUGUCAGGUGUCAUCGUAGGCGGCGGUGUCACGGGGGCUGCCAUGCUAUAUCAGCUGGCCAAGCGGGGCGUGAAGUGCGUCCUCUUCGAGAAGGGCGAGCUGACCUGUGGCGCCACCUGGCACGCCGCGGGCUUGGUGACCCGCUUCCACGGGGGCAACAACUUCCGGCUCUGGCACGAUGAGGGUGUGAACCUCUUUACAAAGUGGCAGAAGGAAGGCACGGAGCUGAGCUUCCACACCCCCGGCUCCGUGCGCUUGAUCCCGGACCAGAAGGACUAUAUCUCGGAGGCCAAGUACCAGGUGAGCAAGGCCAAGAUCUUUUCAGGGCUCUUCGAGUGCGAGGAGCAUCACAUGAUCUCGCCCGACGAGAUCAAGGAAAAGCACCCCUUGGUGAGCCUUGAUGGCAUCUACGGGGGCAUCUACACCACAGGGGAUGGCCACAUCGACCCCAGCAGCGUCACCAACGCUUUCGCGGAGCGGGCUAGAGCUCUGGGCGGCGUGAUCGAGCAGAAGACCGAAGUGGUAGGCCUCACGCUUUUGCCCAGCAAGCAGUGGGAAGUGAUCACCCGCAGCGGUGGAGAAGAGAAGCGCACGGUGGCGGACUUUGUGCUGAACUGCGCAGGUCUGUGGUGUGACAAGGUGGGCGCCAUGGCUGGGGUGCGGAUCCCCUCGGUGGUGCUGCAGCACCAGUACUGCAUCACCGAGCCGAUCCCAGAGGUCAAGGAGUACCACGAGAAGCAUGGUCACCAGCUACCAGUUCUCCGGGAUUUGAAGGGCUCCUUUUAUGUCCGUGACGAGCGCGAUGGCAUUUUGGUGGGCCCGUACGAGAGCGCAGAGACCAUGCAGUUGGCGCCAGAGGAGUGGCGGAAGACGGGGAUGCCCAACGAGUACGCCAACUUCCUUUUUGAGGGCGACGUGGACCGUCUGAUGCCGCACCUGGAGCGGGCGAUGGAGAUUUUGCCCCCGCUGGCCGAAGUAGGUAUGAAGACGGUGCUCAACGGGCCCACCAUGUGGCCGGCAGAUGGGAACCACUUGGUGGGCCCGGCGCCCGAGUGGGACGUGGCGCCCAACUUCUGGCUGGCCUGUGCAGAGUCGUAUGGCAUUGCCCACAGCGCUGGUCUGAGCAGAUACCUCGCUGAUUGGAUCUGCACGGGGGAGCCUCCUUACGAGCUCAAGGAGGCAGAUCCUGCCAGGUACGGCGCCUGGGCGACCAAGGACUGGGUGGCCACCAAGGUGCGGGAGGCCUACGGCAUGAAUAACCACGUGCACUACCCAAACGAGAACCUGCUCGGUGGCAGGCCCGUUGAACCUGUGCCCAACAAGGACAUCUACGAUGUGCUGCAUGCGGCAGGGUGCCAAUUCGGCUUCCACAACGGCUGGGAGUCCGCGAACUACUUCGACCCGCAGGCGGUGGGCCAGCACGGCAACGCCAAGGGCUCCUUCCACCGCCCGCCGUACCAGGACCUGGUGGAGAACGAGUGUCGGGGCAUGGCCAGCUUUGGGGGUAUUUGUUAUUGGCCCUUCGCCAAGUACCACGUCUCUGGGCCAAGGGCCAAGGAGUUCUUAGAUCGCCUAGUGCCCAACAGGCUACCAAACGUGGGCCGGUGUGCGCUCUCGUACUUCCUGACGCCGCAGGGGAAGAUCGGCUCCGAAGUGAUGCUGGUCCGCCUGGCCGAGGAGAAGUUCUAUGUGGUGAGCUAUCCGGAGCAGGAGCUCUUCGAUUGGCGGUGGAUGCAGAUGAACAAAACCGAGGGCGUAGAGAUCGAGAACGUUACCGCAGACUUCGGCACGCUGAUGGUGUCGGGCCCAGAGAGCCGCCGGGUGCUGGGCCAAAUGGCCGGGGACGAGGAGGCCUGGUCCAAGGACAACUUCAAGUUUUAUGCCUGGCGGGAAGUCGAGCUGGCAGGGAUUCCGUGCCGGGCAUUGCGGGUCUCCUUCACCGGCGAGCUCGGCUGGGAGCUACAUCCGGCCACACAGGACGUGGCCAGGCUGUACCACGCCCUGAAAGCCGCAGAGCCAGGGCUCAACGACUGGGGCGGCUAUGCCAUGGGCUCCUUCCGCCUGGAGAAAGGCUUCAAGGCCUUUGGCUCCGACAUGACGAGGGACCAUCAGGCCCUCGAAGCUGGCAUCAGCGGCAAGUUCCUGCGCAUGGAGAAGGACUUCGUAGGCCGGGACGCGCUGGCAGCCAACCCCACGCCAGCGCGAAGGCUCGUCCACCUGGCAGUGUCAGCCCCGGAAGGUAGCGACUGCGUAGGGAACGAGCCCAUCUUGAACGACAGCACAGGAGAAGUUGUCGGCUUCACCACCAGCGGUGGGUAUGGCUAUUUGGCGAAGCAAAGCAUUGCCUUCGGAUACGUGUCCGCUGAAGCCUUGGACUCCAACGCGGCGCUCGCGGUGGAGGUUCUCGGACAGAGAUGCCCGGUGAAGGUUCAGGAGAAGGGCUUUCCGGUUGCCAAGCCUGAGGUCAGUCCCGGAACCUUCGCCCAGGCAUCCGCCAGGCGCGCCGGAGUCCGCUGA